GUGACAUCCAGCCGGCUUAGCGCAGUGUGCGGACCCAGGAAAUGUAUCAAGAUACUGACACUGACGAAAAAAAAUGGAGAUGAAGAUGAAAGUUAAACAGAAAAUCAGAAGAUUCUAAUAAAGGAUAUUAUGGAGAUUGGUGGUCUACCACUUGAACUGUGGCGUUUGAUUUUGGCCUAUUUGCCUUUGCGUGACCUUGGGCGUUGUGGCUUAGUCUGCCGAACGUGGUAUGACCUUAUAAUAAGCCUGGAUAACACAAGAUGGCGGCAGCUUUGUCUAGGAUGUGUAGAAUGUAGACACCCCAACUGGCCCAUUAAGCCGGAAGUUGAACCAAAGUCAUGGAGAGAGGCUUUCAAACAGCAUUAUGUAGCUUCCAAAACCUGGACUAAAAAUGCUCAGGAUCUUGAGUCCUCCAAUUGUUUGUAUUUAUUUCGAAGAAAGAAGGAUCGUAGAGUCCUUUAUGUUGGGUAUGGCUGUGAGUAUGAGAACCUAAAGACUGCCCUAGCCUCAGCUAACAUUUAUGAUCGUAUUAUGCUCCAGCCUGGUGUCUAUGAAGAACAAAAUGAGAUCAUUCUAAAAGUCCCUGUUGAGAUCAUGGGCCAGGGAAAACUUGGUGAUGUGGCUUUACUUGUUUGCAUUGACCAGCAGUGUCCCACAUCUCGCCUAUGCAACUUGGUGUUCAUGCCUGCUUGGUUCACACCGGUAAUGUUUAAGACCUCUAUAGGCUAUGUGCAAUUUGACAACUGCAAUUUUGAAAAUGGCCAGCUGCAGAUCCAUGCUCCAGGAACGUGCCAAAUUAAAUUUUGCACUUUUAAUCAGUCCAGCAUACAUUUUCACAAUGUGGCUCUCAGUGUGCUGGAGAACUGUGAAUUUGUCAACAGUGAAAAUGCCUCUGUUACUGUGGAGGGGUCACCUACAUCUGAUAAAAGCUGGGCUUGCAAACAUCUUUCAGCCUCUGCAAAGGCCAGGACCAUGCUGUACAGUGCAUCAGAGGCAUCACUUGGAAGUGGGGACACUGCGGACAACUUGGCUAAUGGGUCACCUGGUGGAAAUAUAAGGACAUGUGAGAUCAUUGUGAACAGAGACCAAAAGCACUUGCUUCCUCACCCCAAAUCGCAAGUGCAAGAUGAAAAAGAAAAUGAGUUCAAUGGAAACUUUUACGUGGGCAAAGAAGGGGAAGCCAUGACUUUGGAUACAGACUACAGUGAUAGUGAACUUAGCACAGUCAGUGAGAAUGAGGAUGACAACCCGUCGGUGUACAAGCUGUCCUAUCAUUCCCAUGGACUAAGUGACAUGUUGUCCAAAUCUAUACUUUGCAGACCACAAAGCAAUGGUCUUCUCACUUUGCAGAGUGACAUGGCUUUAAAAAGCCUGCAACAAGAGCUGCAGAGAGACAAAGACCUUCAAAACUUUGCCAGCACAAUUCAAGGAUGCCUUGUACGGAAGUGCCUUUUUAGAGAUGGCAAAGGGGGAGUUUUCAUCUGCUCUCAAGGGCAAGCUAGACUGGAAGGAUGUAUUUUCAGGGACCUAACCUAUGCAGUACGGUGUAUACAAAACAGCAAGGUUGUUAUGCUAAAGAAUGAAAUUUACCACUGCAAAGCAUCAGGGGUUUUUCUACGCCUGGCAGCUGGAGGUCUCAUAGCUGAGAAUAACAUCCAUUCAAACACUGAAGCGGGAGUGGAUAUACGCAAAGGAGCUAACCCUGUGAUACUGUGUAACAGAAUACACAGUGGCCUCCGCUCCGGCAUUGUGGUCCUAGGCAACGGGAAAGGCAGCAUCCGCAGCAAUCAGAUCUAUGGGAAUAAAGAAGCUGGCAUUUAUAUACUGUACAAUGGGAACCCUGUGGUGAGUGGAAACCAUAUAUUUCAAGGCCUGGCUGCUGGAAUUGCAGUAAAUGAAAAUGGAAGAGGUCAAAUUUCAGAAAAUGUAAUCCGUGAAAAUCAGUGGGGUGGUGUAGAUAUCCGGAGAGGCGGCGAUCCAGUACUCAGAAGUAAUCUUAUAUGCUGUGGAUAUUCUGAUGGAGUGGUCGUUGGGGAACGAGGCAAAGGCCUCAUCGAAGGAAAUACCAUUUAUGGCAACAAAGGCUGCGGAGUAUGGAUUAUGUCAUCCAGCCUUCCACACAUCACCAGCAACCAGAUAGGUCACAACAGCAUUUAUGGGGUAGCUGUUUUCUGCCGCAAAGAUGAUGCUAGUGACUACCCAGCUAACCAGGCUGGCAAUGAAAACUUCAAUGACGAAGGAGAAGCAGCCAACUGGGAAAACGAUCUGGACAGUGAAGAUGAUCGCUUCUCCUCACGGAGGCCAAUAAAUGUGGCACUUGUUGAAUCAAAUAGUAUUAACCACAAUGGAGCUGCUGGGCUGUACAUUAAAAGCAGUGAAGCUCUGAACAUCAUAGCUAACGCCAUACAUGCCAACCAUGAUAGUGGUGUGGCUGUGUUUCAAAGUAACCAACUUGUUCGAAUUGGAAAUAACAGCAUCUCAUGCAACAGACUGAGCGGUGUCCAUGUAGAGACAGGGUGCAGAGUGGAAUUAAGGGGAAAUGGUAUAUAUGACAACAGGAGCCAUGGUAUUGCUUCCAAGGGAGAUGGGACCAUCAUAGAGAAUGAUAUCAUAGGAAACCGUGGUUGUGGCAUCCAGCUCAUCCAUACGGCUGACAUGAAAGUGACCCGGAACCGAAUUCAGUCACUUCAUGACUAUGGUAUAGCUCUAAUUGACCAAACUAAAGGACUUGUACAGGAAAAUAUGAUUUUUGAAGGGAAAUCCGGUCAAAACAUUUUGCAGCAAAUGUCCAACAAUGAAGACUGCAUCGUCCAGCACAACAAAUUACUUACCUUUAAGAAAAAGCCGGAUGUUACAUGGAGACUAGAGAACCCACCAGCAAGGCCAUACAUUGAAGGGUGUACAAGAGGGGUCUCCAGCACACAAAGCAGUCAGAGGGUGAACACGGUCACCACCAGGAUUGCAGCAAGAGUAGAAGGACGUUGUCACAACAAUGGCAGCAUCUUCUGUACAAUCCUUUGACCGAGAGCAAUAUUGACCCUGCUGUGUCAUCUGGAUUCUGUAAUAUAUUCCAUGAGGACUAAA